AUGGUUGACCACGUAAGAUCCCCAAACGUCUCGUUUGAUGACAUUGACUACAACAACUCUCAGGAUCUGCAUAACGCGCAAGAAUCUCUCCUUAGGGAGCAAUGGAUAAGAGUGUCAGCUUUAAAGGUGUGCAGAAAGGCCUUGGAAUCAUGUUACAAAACUUCAGGACCCAACCACUACGAAGAUUGCAGAGAAAUUGCGGAGAAAUACUUGAACAUGCUCCCUGACCACAGAAUCCAGGGAUUUUUGGGUUACCAAAAGAACGAUCCAAGCAAAUAG